AUGGAAUCCGAGUAUUACACAGCCGAUUCGUCAUCUGACAAAAUCUCACCGCCCGAGGAGAAAGACUCACGCAUCCGACAAGCAGCCCAGGAAGUGGCAGUGGCGGCAGUGGUAGUACCCCUAUCGAAGGUGAUGGUGGAGGACACCCUUCCACCCCUUUACGACGACGCAGGGCAUUACGAUCGAUACGCGGGGGUACCACGAAACGUCCGCACUCGAUUCUUGCACGAGGACGAAUCACUGUUGAGACAAGUGGCACAGGGGCUAGUGAAAAACGCCGUGCGAAGAGCAACAUACCGCGUGCGCCGUAGUCGCGCUGUCAUCUGUCCUUGGUUGGGAAACACUGUGCCAACAUUCGGUCUAGAGCAUGUAUUCCAUUCAAAUUGCCGCAAUCACACUGCAUGA